AUGGUUGUGGUAUGGCGACGUGCGCUGGCCUGCUUGUUGACGUGCUUUCCACUUCUUGCCGCCGAUAUCUGUGGAGAUCCUGAACCUGGUUUGCUCAACCUUACUUGCAUUGGUUACAACUGCUCCCAGAAGUAUUUCUGUGACUCGCUGGCGCGCUGUCAGCGGGUUCUGCUGGUGGCAGCAUCUGUAUCAUGCGAGGGCCGACAUGCCGUCCUUUCCCGUGAACUCCGCCGGGGCUUGGAGCUUUGGGCAGCACAAGUGAACGCACCGACAUCCUCUGUCCGUGGAUUCUGGGGGGAGCGCUUGCUGGUCCACUUGUGGUUUGUGGACGAUCGAAGCGAAGCUGACGAAGUGAAGCGUAUCUACAGUGACUUCGUGUCCAGGCAGGGCCCCGAACGACCCGAUGCGUUGGUCGGCCCCUUCUCCACGGAACUCUCACAAGUAGCAGCUGAAGAGAGCGCUGGAUCCGAUGUGCUGCUCCUUCUGCCUGGAGCAGCGUCACCUUCGAUUUUUCGGAUGGGCUUCGACCAUAUUAUCGGUCUUUUGGUAUCCUCGGACAGCUAUAUGGUCGAUGCCAUGCGAAGGACUCAAGUGUUAUCCGCGACAACCGCCGUAUUUGCGAAUGCAGACGGCGAGUUUCCCAAGUCGGUCUGUGCGGGUGGUGCUGCUGAAGCGCAUCGGUUGGGGAUGACUGUCCUUGGGAACUUCACAUGGUCUUCUACCGACAUCACUUUGAUCGUCCAACAAAUCAAGACCUUGCAGCCCGACGUGUUGGUCGGUUGUGGCUAUGUGUCCGAUGCUUCCAUGUUUGUGGUUGCCUCAAUGGCGUUGGACUUCAAUCCCAAAGCUCUGGUUCUCACGCAGGCUUCGCAUCCAGAUCUGAUUGGUUCUGUGGAGGCGCGGAAUGCGAACUUUAUUGCUGGGCCCGCGCUUUGGGUACCGGAGCUGGGGGAUGACAUUUGCAGCCGUUCUUGUCCAAUCUUUGCAAACGGUUCACAUUUCUCUAGUGCGUACACGUUUGCCUACGGUCGCCCGCCACCUUACCAAGCUGCAGCUGCAGCUGCAGCUGGGAUACUUUUGAUCGAUGCUGUCAGUCAAAGUGAAACCUACGAUCCUUCGAAGUUGCGGCAGAAAAUUUUGGACACUGGCUUCUUGAGCACCUUCUAUGGCCGGCUAGCAUUCACGGGUAGUGGGAUGAUGGACGACGAUGCCCUGGUGUCACGCACGGUGCAGCUCAAGCCGCUCGCAGAAUCGGAGCUGCCUUUCAAGCGCUACAACUCGAGCUUGCUCACGGUCCUGGGUAAAGGUGGUCAAGAAAUGGAGGAGAUGCCCAGUUGGGAUGCAAAACGACUCCUGGUCUAUCCCUGCGGGGAAGGACAUGCUCUGCGCUUCCGUGAGUGUGUGCCCUGUGAUGCUGGUCGCUACCGUCAUUCAGCAACGACCAGUUGCCACCCAUGCGAGCGUGGUACGUAUGCUGCAGUCCCAGCGCAAGCGCACUGUCGAAUGUGCCCGACUGGAGCCAACUGCACAGAACUGGGCACUGCGCUGCCAGAAGCGAGUGCUGGCUACUAUCGCAUGCCUUUACAGCCCGGAGUUGACCUCACGCCCUGGAACUUCCAGAAGUGCCGACCUGCCUCCAUCUGCCUCGGAGCCAACACCUGCCUGGGCAGCAACACCGGAACUCUUUGUGAGCAGUGCCAGCCUGGCUUCACGAAUCAACGUUCCAUCGUCUUCGGGGCGGGCAGAGGUCGCUGCCAGGAGUGCCCUGCCACUGAAGUCAACGUGGCCCUUGUCAUCCUGCUGAUCCUCGCCUGCACGGCUUACAUAGCGAUUGUCUUCAAAGCCACGAUCUCCUCGGCCCUUUCUGUUCGUCAUCUGCAAUCGAUUAUCUUGAAGAUCGUCAUCAACUACUUGGUUUUUGCGCAGGUUACGCUGCAGUCUACAGGCUUUUGGGACCAGAUGUGGACAGAACUGCAGAAGUCAUUCCCUUCGGCACCUACUGAUGAAGGUCCAAUCCUGCUGAGCUACGACUGCUUGCUUCAAAGCUCUGGUUGGCAUGUAUUUCGUGCCCAGAUGUACCUGGCCAUCUUCAUGUUGCCCGCAGCCCUGUUUUGCAACAUGCUUUUCUGCCUGCUGCGGAAUGUCAUUCUCAUUUGCCGCAUCAAGCGCAACAAGGAAAUUGUCGAGAGACUCCGCCAGUUCGAUGAUCACAGCUGGAACUGGACAUCUCUAACAAGGCACUUCUCCGACAAUGAGCUCCUGACGACCGCGAAAGGUUCGAAGAGCUCCUCGAAGUUGAGCCUGGCUGCUUCGGAGGCAGCCAGCCAAGCCAGCGCAGCGAGUGCUGGCCUUGCAAGCCUCAGUCACACUGAAGAAGAGAUCAAGCAAUGGAAGGAGUUUAAGUUGGCGGUUGUUCAAUCUUCUGUGGUGUGGGCUUUCGUGCUGUACCCGACCAUCAUUCAGGCCCUUCUCAAGGGCACCAUGUGUGAAGAGUAUGACACACUGCGCUUGAUGGUCAACAUGGACGUGGUGUGCUUUGGUACCGAGCAUAUACAUGUCUUCGUUCUGUGCCUUUCCGGGCUGCUGAUUUAUGGCCUUGGGAUACCAGCUGUCUUUUUUCUUCUUCUGUAUAGGCGGAGGCACAAGUUGAUGAUGCCUUCGACGCGAAGAAAGCUGGGCUUUCUGUACAACGGAUUUCAGUGGCAGUCGUACCAUUAUGAGUGCAUCUACAUGUUGCGAAAAUUUUCCAUUCUAUUUGCAGCUAGCCUUCCGCAGCAAACGCUGAGAUCGACGAUCAUGCUCUGCUUGGGCAUGUAUUUCUUCAUCCAGCAUCUUCGCCUAGAUCCUUUCGACAACCGAGAGUACAAGGUCCUGGACAAGUUGGAGCUCUUGAACCUGUGGUGCUUGGUCGUCACGCUUCUAGGCGUGUCGCUCUUCGAAGAAACUCAGUCCGAGGCCGGAAAGACAUCAUUGGUCGCUACUCUGCUGUCCAGCGUGGUGUUCAGGGCCUGUGUAAUUGCAAUUGUCAUUGCAAGCCACCUCGUAUUCUGGUUCUAUGCACUUCGAGCACUCGUGAGUGACAUGGUUGUGCGCCCACUGCGCUUGAAAAUCCUGGCCGGCAUGAAGUUGCAGUGGUGGCAGGAAGUGUUGUUGGCUUUCUAUCGUAAUUGCGUGGGUUCAGGAAACUUGGUCCAGUUCUGCAGCAAAGACAACAGUUUGGAUGUAAGCGAGCUCACCAACCGGGAGCGGCGAUUCCUCACAGUGGCGCUUCAGAGUACCCUGGAAUGUUACAUGAACAUCUCGGGGCAGGCGACCCCUGGCUUGGUCUCCGUGGCACUUCGGGAGGCUGUUUUGAUUUGUCAACGAACACGGCGCCUGCAGAUUGAUUGGCUGCGGCGUCACAUGGAGAUCGACGUGCCCUUCAUGGCCGUAAUUUGGGGGGCUGUUAGGGUGAGACUCUACGGCGCGUAUACAGGACUGACUGGGAGAUGCAGGCGAUUCUGGACAAGCCCUAGCCCGAAAGAAACGGACGAUCCUGAAGAUGACAGUCCUGUUCCCAAGAAGCAAGUCUCUUUACUUCGAAUGCCGAUUACACGUUGGGACACCCACUACAUGCAGAAUAUUGCCGAUCGUGAGAAGCAGCCUACAGUGGAUGAGUUCUUCGUUGAAGAGCUGCACGAUGCUUUGAUGGUGCUGUGGCCAGAGAUCAAGCGAGGUUGGCCCGAACUGCACAAUCCCUCGGCCCAGGGUUGCGCACAGAGGCGAUUUGUGGUGUGGGAAGGCCAGGGAGCUGAAGCGAUCAUGAGCGAAAUGCAAACGGGGAAUUCGAAUGUGCUGGAGCGGGCCUUAUGCCGACGAAGCAGCAAGGACACCCUGCAUACUUUCAAGACCGGAACUGCCACCCCAAAAGCAAGUGAGCGAGCCCCCAGUGAAGGAACAGAUGACGGUUCGGAAAAUGAAGAUGCCAGCAAAGCAGAGCAGGGCUGGUUGCAUCAGAUGCUAGAUGCAGGGGACACAGAGACGGAGCUUUCGCGCAUGAGUGCUGCUUUGCAGCGCAGUAACCGGCGGAGCUUUUGUUUUGCGUGUCUGGUGAUGCUGGAGCGACGUCGCACAUGGAAGGUUCAGCAGCAGCUGGAGGAAGCGCUGGACAAGCUGGCGAUCUCAAGCAGUCUAGUCCAAGGAGUUAUCAAGCCGACACAUCGGUCUGUUCAAAGGCAUUCCGUUGAUGAGGGUUGCUUUCCACAGGCAAACUCAUCAGACGGUCGCAACAGAAACGCAUCCAAGGCUUCCACUACCUCUGUGCUUGACCACGAGGUUCCAAAGACGUCUAUUUCAGAGAGAUGCGAUUAUGUGGAAGAAGAGGUCGUUUCGCCGGCCUCUUCCAAAAAGGAGCAGAAGGAGAUUCAUCCAAUUCCAAAGCUGCAGUUGAAUGCGGCCAAGGCUGCCAGUGCUCUCAAGAGCGACGUGAAAGCCGAGCGGGCCGAGCGGGCCGAGCGACCAGCCCCAGGCCCGGGCCCUCUCACAGAGCCGCGACCAAGCGAAAGCCAGACCGGAGACUCCAUCUUUGGGCCCUGGGCCGGAUCUCUUGUCCGUGCACUCGAGCGCCUGAAGCCCACGGAGAUGGCACCCGCGGCAGCUCCUCCACCCGCGCCGGCAGCAGCAGCGCCCUCGGCCGCAAGCGCCGCCAGCGCUCCGGAGGGGCAGCACUGGUUGGGAGCUCUGCGGCCGGCUUCCGACUUGAAACCUGUGCAGGCUGACCAGGAGAUGAGGGACCCUCCAGCGAACUUGGCGCCGAAUGCACGUGGUGAAGGGAGCCAGAGGACGACCCUGGAAUUCGCGUCAAGCGAUCGGCCAAGCAGCUGGCGAAAGCGAGUGGAAGGGCGAAGCGGCCGGCCGGGCUAG